GCAGCGCGCACAUCUUGGCGCCGGAAUGGUCAUGGGCGCCUCCGCAUGCGCACCCACAAGAACACGACGAGCCACCCGCAUGCCGCCACGCCCCCGCUUCGCACGCUCGCGAGAGGCUCGCCGUCUGCCCAGGAUGGCGCCUUGGCACCCACGAAGACGCCGUCGCCGUCGUCUGUGCGGUACGCCGUGCAGCCCGCAGCGCCCUCGGAUGCCCCUCCCGCCCAUCUGUCUGUCGCCCAACAGUGCCGGCGCGCUGCAGCACCCGAUGAUGCGGUGCACAACGCACCGCUCUCGCGCCUGGUGCGUUCCCAGCCGCUGUGAACACGAACUGCGCUGACGGCGUCGCUUUCUCUCAGCGCCCGACACCAGAAAUUCGAGUCGCCGCCGCCGCUAUCCGAAUCCCGGCCUCUCUCAGCAGAACAUAUACAACCAAGACGCCUCCCUACCGAAAGACACUGCGCGCAACACGUGCAACUUCGCCGGGCGCAUGGGAGAGGCGGCGGUGGAGCUACCUCACCGGAAGAUCCCGACUUCGCGUGCCGACGGCUCCCAGAACGCCUGUUGAACACGACGGCACAAUCCCGUGCACCCCGGCGCAUACACCCAGAGAUUUCCAGCGCCAUCGGAGGACAAAAAAUCCGCGUCGUCGCGGGCGAUUUCAUUGCUGACCUCGAAACACCGCGCAUGCCCCCACCUUCUCCUGCGCCCCCGGGAGGUGCGAGCCCAGUGCGCCAGGCGUACCCCAACUCUCCCACACGCAUCCCACGUCACCACGCACGUCCCCGCCAUCGUGCACGGCGGCUCCCCUAACGCCGCGCGCCACGAAAGACGCCGAUCUCACGCCCCGACGUCGCACCCAAACACCUCCAAAGCGCACCCACCGCACCCAUGCACCACCCCGC